AAGAGCGCGUGGAGAUCUCACGAGCUCCACACACUCACGGAAACCCAACCGCAGCUACUUCCGCCCACACUAAAGAUGGCGGCUCCCUUCAUGGAGAAACUAGCCGAAUAUUUAGGUUCACCCGAACCGGCGGUUCGAUUGAUUCUGUCGGUCUUAUUAGGUUAUCCCUUUGCACUGGUGUACCGGUGGUUUUUCUUUCAUCAAUCUGCAACAGUUGUUCAUCUCUUCCACACAUUCUCCGGGCUGGCACUGGCCACGUUUAAUUUUGGGUCUCAGGUCUAUCACUCCUUCUUAUGCAUAGUCAUUCAGUUCUUGUUGCUGAGGCUGAUGGGAAGGACAGUCACAUGCGUUUUGAGUAGCUUUAUCUUUCAGAUGAUAUAUCUGUUGAUGGGUUAUUACUACACAGCUACAGAGGAGUAUGAUAUCAAAUGGACCAUGCCUCACUGUGUGCUCACGCUCAAACUCAUCGGUUUAGCACUUGAUUAUUAUGACGGUGGAAAAGAACAAUCUCAGCUGAGUGCAGACCAGAAGAAGUCUGCUCUCAACUCUACACCGUCUUUGUUGGAGGUUUUUGGUUUCUCAUACUUCUAUGGAGGCUUCCUGGUAGGGCCUCAGUUUACACUGCAAAACUACCAGCAUCUGGUGUCUCGAGAGAUGUCCGAUGUUCCUGGACAACCACCCAACAGUGUGGUUCCAGCAAUGAAGCGAUUCGGUUUAGGUUUGAUCACCCUAUCAGUCUUUGCAAUAGGUGGGCGACACUACUCGGAUAGCUACUUCUUAACAGAUGAGUUUGAGGCACAUCCAUUCUGGUACAAGUGUGUGUACAUGCUAGUGUGGGUGAAAAUAAACCUGUAUAAGUACAUCAGCUGCUGGCUAAUCACGGAAGGUGUGUGUAUACUCUCUGGGCUGGGCUAUAAUGGGAAGAACGAAAAAGGGGAGCACCAAUGGGAUGCCUGUGCAAAUGUGAGGCUGUGGCUAUUUGAGACCACACCGCUCUUCACAGGAACCAUCAAUUCCUUCAACAUCAACACAAAUGCUUGGGUUGCCAGGCAAGUGUUUAAGAGGCUGAGGUUUUUGGGUAACAAGUUGUUAUCUCAAAUGUUCACAUUGUUAUUCCUGGCGGUCUGGCACGGCUUGCACUCAGGGUACCUCAUCUGCUUCUCCUUGGAGUUCAUCAUUGUCAAUGUGGAGAGACAGGCUGAGACACUGGUGCGGGACAGUCCUUUGCUGACAUCUAUUGCUCAGAGUCAUCUGUAUCCAUUUGUAUAUGUAGUACAGCAGUUAAUUCACUGGCUCUUUAUGGGAUACCCUCUGGUGCCAUUCUGCCUCUUCACGUACGACAAGUGGCUCAAGGUGUACUCCUCUAUAUAUUUCUCUGGUCACAUCUUUUUCUUCAUUGCCUUUCUCGUCCUGCCAUACCUCCGCAAGGUGUUCGUGCCUCGAAAAAGAGGCAGUGAGAAAAAGGAGGAUUAAUUAAAAUGGUUUGACUGAAGUGAACUGUGACUUUUAAAGAGCGCCUGAAGAGGACAAAUUUUAAGGCCUUUAGUAAUAUAUUACUAUUUACAUACCGGACUGGUGUGUGUGUACAAAUGUUAGUCCGUUGGAAAGUUUUUGGCAUUCUUUGGGUGGACUGUAAUGAAAAAGGUUAAAAGCUGCAGAAAUACAAGCAUUUCUGAGGUUCAAUAUUUGUGAAAUAAGAUUUCCUGAUGUUUGGUGGCUAAAAAUAAUUACACUGUGUCUGCUCAUACCAUUGCACUCAUUACUUAGUAAUGAUCUCAUUUCCUGUUUCCUGUCUAAUCAGAGAACUGGGGUCACGUGUGCACUUUUAGAGGGGACGCAGAGCACGCAUUUCAAAGAUGGAAACAAAUGAGAUGUUUUAUUUUCCUUUGCUAGGAAUAUUUCAACCUCACUUACCCUAAAAAGGCAAUGAAAUGUGAAAAAAUGCAGUAAACAGUGACUGAGCAUCGCCUGGCAUUACAAAUGAAUGUUUUUCAUUUUUAUAACCAUUUUUUCUUGUGACCAGACAACUUCUGAUGGGCAUUCUUCUUUUUUUAAGAAUGGGUUUUAUGGUAACUACAUUUUGUAUAGCUUUUUUGGCACUUUCAUAAAAGGAUCAUCAUUCUGUCAUUCCAUCCUCUCACUCCAUUUAACACUGUCUGUCCAUCCAUCUGACCUUUUCUCUUUCACUCCAUUUUUCUCCAACAAAUCUUUUUGUCCAGCGUAUGAGCACAAGUGAAACAGAAACGACAGUAACAUAAACGCUACUAACCAGAAUCAUGAAUAUGAUGGUAAAUUUGUGUCAGUAUUAUUAAGAGCAGAGUAUUUAAAUUAUAACAAGUAUUUUAGUAAAUUGUGCACACCAAUGGCACUAUUAAAAACUGCUGUGUUAAAUCCUUAAAAAGUGUGGGUGCGUAUUUCUCAUCGCACAUCAGGAUCUGCUCUCAAUAAUUCCUAUGCAUAUUUGCCUUUGUAUCAGUUUUGUAUGACAUGACAUAUUGAAGAUCCUUGGUACAAAUACACAUACAGACUCUUCAGUGAGGGCUACAACCUGCACCCAGAUUCACUGCCUCUCUCACUGUAGCAUCAAAGUUGUUUUGUAAUAUUUAUACAUGUGGUUGGAAAUUUUAUGGAUGUAAAAAUUGUUUUUGGGAAACAACUACUGCCUUAUUGCUACCAAAUGUACAAAAGAGAGAGAGAGAGAAAACAACUACUUUUAAACAAAACCGUCUUUUUGUAAUACUCAUUAAAAAUG